AUGGCUGAGCAAGAUCACCCGGACGAUACCAAGAAGUACAUCAUCAUCGGGGCCUGCUGCGCGUCAGCCCUAGCCGCCCUACUCAUCUUCCUGUUCUGGUACUAUCGGUUGCGUCAGCGCGGAGAUGGACAAAGCGGCCCGAGGGGUGGUGAUUUGUGGGCGUCCAUCACGUCUGGCCGGACGUCAAAAGUCACGGCUGCCGACGUCGCUUCUGGACUCGGCUGCGAGGAAUGCGGGGAUCGCUUCGCACUCGGGCAGAAAGUGCACCGUAAGAAGGGGAAGGUUGGCGAGCAGGAGAAGGCCUACUGCAAGGAACGCUGCUAUCGCGGCCGAAAUGAGUGGGCGUGA